AAAAGUUAAAAAAAUGAGCAAAUUGAACUUUUGCUCCAAAUUCAAAAGGGAUAAUUUGAACUCUUUUCCAUUUUUGUAUUCAGCAAUUUAUAAAUACACAUUCAAAUAAGUACCAUUUACAAGCGUGGGGUAGGUAAGCACGGUUCUAACAAACAAGAGAUCAUUUUUGUUUUUGAAGAGAAAGAACUGAACUCGUGGAAAAUCUUGAGUUUGAGAGAAACAAUGGAAAUUUACUCAACAAUGAUGGAUGUAAUCGAGUCGUACACGGGUUUGUCACCGUCGGCGUUCUUUACAAUAGCCGCGCUUAUGAUUGUGGUGUACAAAACGGUGUGUAACAUGUUCGUCGACCCUGAAGAUUUCAAUAAACCUCCUAUCAUUAACACCUCCAUCAAUCUUCAACAAGCAACUCCAAAAUUAUCAGAGCCAGUUCAGUUAGGAGAUGUUACAGAGCAAGAAUUGAGAGCUUAUGAUGGUUCUGAUCCUAGCAAACCUCUUUUGAUGGCCAUCAAAGGCCAGAUCUAUGACGUUUCUUCCUCUAGGAUGUUUUAUGGUCCUGGAGGUCCAUAUGCGAAGUUUGCUGGAAGGGAUGCAAGCAGAGCCUUAGCUCUUCUAUCUUUUGACCCUCAAGACCUUACUGGAAAUCUUAAGGGCCUAAGUGAUUCUGAGCUUGAAGUCUUACAAGACUGGGAGUACAAGUUCAUGGAAAAGUAUGUCAAGGUUGGGCAGCUUGUUCCGGAGGAAACGAAGACUAUGGAAACAGAUGGUGAAGAGAAAGUUGAAGAAAGCAGCCAGAAACUGGAAAUAAAUGGCGGAAAAGAAUAAAGGCAGACCUUUUGAAGCAGAGAUGAAUGCGGUAUGUAUAUAUGUAUGUAUUAUUAGACUCUCCAUUGCUAAUAUGAUAUGGCAAAACUAUAUUGCUCUUAUUUAUAUUUAUAAGAUUGGAAACAUAUUGUUCGACCUGAACUUCCAUUGGGGAUUAGUGCAUCGUAGAAGCUAACAUCUUAAUGGAUAAUAAAAAGAUUUAAGAGCUUAUUAUGUAUAAUUUUAUAGAA